AUAGGUCGUGAACAUUUUGGUUAGCGGGACUGUGUUCAAGAUUCGUUUAAUAUGUGGACCGCGUUCUUCGGAUGCGUGACUUUCCUUACAUUAGAAUGUACACCGGUUUCCGGAAACAUCCAGGUCGUUAGAAGAAAGGAAACGUCAAUUGAAUGUGCCUCAAACACCGAUCUCUCUUUCAAAUGUUAUAGCAACGUGUUAAAUAAGUCUUUAACGAUUGCAGAAUGUGAUUUUCACAGAAAAUCAUGUGCGUUAUUAACAACUCUCCAUACACAUGUAUACGAUAUUUCGUACACUGGACGUGGUGGUAACCUGGUGAUAAGAGAUAUAGAAGGAGAAAGCGUUGGUAUUUAUCAAUGCUAUGAAACGUAUAAUCCUCAGAAUUCAGUGAGCACGAACAUUUCAACGUCGGAAUAUACAGCCACAAAGGAAAAUAAUUUUAGUGUCCCAAUGUAUAUAACUGAGUCAGGUCUUCCGGAAGGAUUUGGGCAUAUCGUAUUAGGCGUAUUGAGAGAUAAGACCAUAGAAUGCUCUUCCAAUGUCGAUAUCACUUUUAAAUUCAUCGGCAAUAAAGCAAACGCUUCAGUAACUAUUGCAGAAUGUGACCUAUCGACGAAAUCAUGCACUUUAUCGAAAACAAGUUUUCACAACACAUACACUCUGUCUUACACAGGAAUCGGAGGAGUUUUGCAAAUCAACAGUCUUAACAAUGAAUCAUCUGGAACAUAUAUCUGUUGUGCAACGUAUAAUCCAAGUAUCUUUGUCCGUAUUGACAUGAUUGCACAUAUUAUGGAGUCAGCGGUUGACACUUAUAAUGUAACUGUACUGCGCGAGAAUAAUACAGGUAAAUAG